UGCAACAGCCGCCUCAAAAACAGCUGCAUCACGUAAUAAAGGAUAGAAAUAGUCCUACUUUUUAUCAGAAACGCUCUCGUCUCGUGUAUCUGCCCCGAGUGGGUCCCCUGGAGCGGACGAUGAAGUGGGCACUAACAGGUUUCGCCAUUUAUCUAGCCUUAACUUUCCUGGGGGUUGUAUUCCUCGUGCUAAAGAGCCUGGAAUUUGAUAAAUUGCCUCCUUUUGCUCGCACGGGCUUAAUUUUGAAAGGUUACUGGCUGAUUUUUACCCCUUUCUGGGCCGCCGACCUCGUGGCUUGGAUGGUGGUGCUUUGGGCCUUGCAUUGGACUUGCUCGUUGCGCACUAGCGGUGUACAGCAUGAAAGUCGAAUUAUGGCCCCUUCGUCUCAUAGAGAAGCUCAGAAGACUUUAAGUACAGAAAUGUUGCCCUUGUUCCAGAUAGUGAUGCGUGCGCUUCUUAAUGCAACACCAUUCUUACUGUGCAUCACCGCGGCGCACAUUUUACUCUUCAUUUUCCUGCAGAGCGGAGGAGGCAAUUUUGGGCGACCAUGGGUGUCUUUGUGGUUGGCAAUUUUGCCUAUUGUCUUGUGGGAAAUGCUUGCAUUAAUAAGCGCGAUAUGUUUAAGGACGGGAUCCUUUUCCAAAGCGUUGGGUUGGCUACUGAUACUCUUCGCUACUUUGAUGGUCGGCCUGCGCUUUUCUUCGCCGCCCUUCCCCUUAUCAAGCAUCCCCUGCAUACGAGCUGCGCAUAAUGCACCUCUAUGGGUGACAUUUACACCGUUUUGGGCGCUGGAAAUCCUAUUACUCGCCACAUUGGUGUACGUGUCCAUUCAAGCUUGUUGUGCCCGGCGUUAUCGCCUUUCUUCCCAGCAUGUAUCCUGCAUCAUUCUAUACACCAGCAGUCUUGGAUUUUUGGCAUUGGCCUCUGUAAUGUUUGCCUGGCGACACGGGACCUGGGAAUCAGGACUAAAUCACGCAUUGCGUCUUCAAAACUUCUCCGACACGCUUUCGGGCAUUGCCACCUUGUGCGCCGUGGGCUUUGCGGAGCUUGGAUUUUAUCUUGUAGCAGCCGACGAAGUUGAGCAUUUGACUACGAGUCAUGGCUACGAGGACCCCAUGCCCUUGAGUCGAACAGCUCGCGGAUGGGAGCCAACAGGAGCGCGUGUUUCGAACUGGCUGUUGCUGGGUCGCCUAGAGGAGACGGCCCGCCUCAUGCGCCGCGGUGGGUUGGCUGGAACGAGUGGUAGCACAACCGCUGCAGCUGGGCGAGGGCUGUCAGGUGUAGGCGUGAAUAUGACAAGGAAUUCACCCCUGCGCGAUUACCAAGGAUACAGUGGACGGGAGGGUCGUGAGCUGCGGCGAAGUAAUUCGGGAUCCUACGCUGACCUCUAUGACGAUUUGUAGCGACAAAUACAGAUUGGAAGGAUAUUCCUGGUUUUUAUGGGAGGGACGAUCCGAUGCCUGCUAGUGGACACGGUUGACAAAGCAGGUCUCGGGAUAUGUUUUGUCGCUCGCAGCAAAAAGUUGAAUGGCGGGUGCUGCUUGGAAAAGCACACAGAUGAGAGGGAGAGAGCGGUAUGUACUCAAAUUUUGAGAAACUUUUGUAAAGUAGAAAAGGACACGUCCGAAAAAAAUCAGCGAGAGAACGGUAAAA